AUGGCGGUUGAGUUACUGGGCUACACAAAUCUCAACGAGCAGAUGGCCAUUCAGGAAGCCACCUCAGCCGGGUUGAAAUCCAUGGAGCAAUUGAUUCGAACAGUUUCCCAUCAACAGCAGCAGCAGAUGUGCCAGAGCCAGCAGCUCGACUGCCGGGAAAUCACUGAUUUCACCGUCUCCAAGUUUAGGAAGGUGAUUUCCAUCCUGAACCGGUCCGGACACGCUCGGUUCCGCCGGGCUCCGGUGCAGCCUCAGCCGGAUGCCGCUGCCUUCAACUCGGUUCAGCACCACAAGCUGCCUUCAGUCUCGGCUCAGCCUCCGACGAUUCCGACUUCUGGAGUUUACCAGCCUCGGCCUCAGCCUCAGCUACAGCCUCUGAACCUCUUUUCUCUCUCCCCGGCUCCGUCCGUCGCUGAAGCUCAGGCGCCGGCAGCCGCUCCGUCUCUGACGCUUGAUUUCACCAAGCCGGGUGCUGUUUUCGGUAAGGAUGGGGGCGAGAAGACGGGUAAAGAGGGGUUCAGUUUAUCUGCGGCGUUAUCGACCUCCGGGAACUCGUCUUCGACCUUUUUGUCCUCCAUUACGGGUGAAGGGAGCGUUUCCAACGGAAAAGGUGGUCCGUCGUCUAUGUUUCUUGCUCCGGCGAUCUCCGCCGGGAAACCGCCGCUCUCCGGCAAAAGGUGUCUGGAGCACGGGCACUCCGAUAGCCUGUCCGGGAAAACCUCUGGUCAUACCCGGUGUCACUGUAAAAAGAGGAAAUCCAGGGUGAAGAGAACUAUCAGAGUUCCGGCGAUAAGCUCGAAGGUCGCCGAUAUCCCGGCGGACGAGUACUCGUGGAGAAAAUACGGUCAGAAGCCAAUCAAGGGCUCGCCAUACCCACGGGGUUACUACAAGUGCAGUACUGUGAGGGGUUGCCCGGCUAGGAAGCACGUGGAGAGGGCGACCGAUGAUCCAACGAUGCUGAUAGUGACGUACGAGGGGGAGCACAGGCACACGCAGGGCGCGAUGCAGGAGAUCCCUGCCGCACCACCGGCCCAGUUGGUGGUGUUCGAGUCGUCAUGA